CAUCGCAGACAGCCAGGAAGCAUUCAUCCAUUUCCGGUCUCCAGAAUCUAGGGACACUUAGGUUACGAUUCAACCAAUUCAGCCUGUACUUUCCUGGCACAUUGAGCUUGGCAGCCAUAUUUCGUUCCUCCAUUUCCAGUCUACGGGUGUAGAUCUACGCAGAUUCGUUAGCUUCUACGGCACUAGAUUGCGUUCAGAUUUGCCUGAGACAGUGCGAUUCAAGAUGGAAGAUUUCGUCGAGGAGCCUCGCGUUGUCCAGUCCGAGAACCACGGAUGGCAGAAGGUGACCAACGUCAAGAAGCAGCGUCGCCAGGAGCAGAAGGAUUCGAAAAAACCCACGGCUUCAGGCAAAUCCGGAGCGGGGAAGGGGUCGGUCGGCCAGUCCGUGUUUUCCUCGUUGGAGGACGAAUCCAAGCAGAGGAGAGCGAGGAUCGAGGCUCGCGCUGCAGCCGCUGCAGCCGCGGAGCGGGAAGCGGAGCGUGCUGAGUACGACGCUGAUGAUGACGAUGAUGAUGACGAGGAGCGUGAGGCGAAGGCGCCAGCAGCAGCGGAGCCCAAGAAGCCGAAGAAGCCUAAGAAGCCCAAGGUUACGGUUCUGGAGGCUGCGACGGCGAUUAAAGUGGACGAAUUGUCCGCUUUUCUUGUCGAGAUCUCGGAGUCGUUCGCAGGCAUGCCUGACGUGCAGCUGAUGCGCUGUGCGGAUUUCUUCGCGCGGGCCUUCAGCGCGGUGCUGCCGUCGCAGCUCAACAUGCCCAAGAUCAUCCGAGACUCCAGCCUCGCCAAAGCUCUCGAUGCACCUUGGAACGACGUUCCUGAGGAGGUCCGCACAAUCGCCUCUGAUUGGCUGGCGGAGCGGCCUGCUGACGCGCUGGCGAAGUUUCUGGUUACCCUAGUGCGUUCUGCGCUGGAGGAUGUGCUUCCGGUCGGCAAGGUGGCCAGGGGAACCGCCGCACAGCCGCUCACGCCGCCCAAGGCCAAGGUCGGCAUGCUGGUGCUGCUCGUGCUGCUGUUGAGGCGACGGCCUGACGUCAUGCUACAGGCGGCAGACACCAUUCGCACGGACCCCGGGUGCCUGGGGCAGGACAGGCUGCCCGUGCUCGCUUGGAUGUACGGCCAGGUGGCAAUGGUGGACCUGGUGUCGGGCAUGUCGCUGCUGGUGACAAAUCUGAUGCCCUUCACGUCAGGCAAGCAGGGCUCGCCUGUGGGCCGCGACGUCACCCUCACCUACUUCCAGACUGUGCUGCUGCGAGGCAACGAGCGCAAGGCCAAGGCCAUUCUUCUGAACGGCGCCUUCCGCAAGGGCGAGCGCCUGGUGCCCUUCGCCACUCUGGACCAGUUCCUGCGCCUCGCGUUCCCUCUCAACUCCGCGCGCACCAAGGCCACGGACCGCUUUACUGCGCUCUACCCCACCAUCAAGGACAUCACGCUCGCAGGCUCGGGCCGAACCAAGUCCACCAAGGCUGUCGCUACCCAGCUGCUGCCGCUGAUGUUCCGAGCAGCAGGCGAAGAGCCUGAAGCGCUCUCCCAGGAGGCCAGCAGCCUCUUUGUCUGGUGCCUGGCAGAAAACCCCGACUGCUACCUGCAAUGGGAGCGGCAUCAUGCGGAGGACCACGCCACGAGCACGCUGCUCCUCACCCACGUGCUUCGCUCGUGGCCCUCCGUCAAAACCCAGCUCGCCCCCUUCGACCAUCUGCGCAAGUUCCUUGCCUCCAUCCGCAAGAAGCACGUCGCUGCAUUGGAGGAGUUGGACGACGGCCAAAUAGCGCGACGAAAGGACAUCCAGAGCGCCGAUGCAGCGGCCAGGAAGCUGCAAGGAAAGGUUGCUUCUGGGGCGAGCUGUGUUGUGGUGUCAGCUGCUCUGGUGGCCGUGGCAGCAGCAGCAGCGUAUGCUGCCUACAACUUGGGACCAGCUGGUGCAGGCAAGCUGGACCUCGAUGCUCUGCUCGCAAUGCUCAAGGGGAAUUAACCCUGGAUAACACAUUGCCAGGAGACCGGAGACAUGCAUUUGCUAUGACCCUCAGGAAUUUCCAGGGAAACACGCGAAGGCAGGGAGCUGUUUUGGAAGGAUCAACUCUGUAUACGAUACCAAAAACGAAGGAAUGGUGACAUGCAACAGUAUACACUAGGAAUGUUACGACAUGCUCCGUUCAUACCAGCUCUUGGUGUGAGUUGUGAUUCUUUAUGGCUCAUCAUGUGUCACGAUUCAUAUGAACUGUGCCACGUCAUCAAUUU